AUAAAAAGGAUAGAAAAUUGUUGCCAAAAAAAAAAAAAAUUAAGAUAGAAAAUGGCUUUGAUUACCAAGUAUCGAAACUAUUGGAAUAUAAAAGUUUUCCAUAAUAGUUUACGUAAGCACAUAAAAUCUAGUCGUAACUUUCGUAUUAUUGGUAAUAAAAAUAUUGUUUUUAAAAUAGGAUUUUUCUUAUUUACCUAGUCAAUUGUAGAGAAAAGAAAGAUAUAGAGACCAGAUUGCGUGCCUUCACGACUAUAUUUGUUAUGGUCGGUUGAAUUAGUUAUGUAGAUGGACAUUAGCACUUAUUUAUUCGGGUCCCCACUCCAGUAACCCAGACACCUUUCCUCCACCGCCUCCAUAUUCUGAUUCUCUCAUUGCAUAAUACUAUAUUUAUUAUUUGCCUUCUUACAAUUCAAAAGAGAUGGGUCUUAUGCUUUUCUGGCUGUCGAGAUAUGGGUCCUUUUUUGUUAUUUUCUUUCAAUAAUUACUUUUUUUUGAUACAUAUUUGUGCAUUUACAUAGAGAUUGAUGUUGGGGAAUACUAAAUGAAAACAUGGAGUGAUUAUUAUUUUAGAUCAAAGGAAAACCUUUAGGGUAAAUAUAUAUAUGUAAAAUAGACUUUUUAUUAUUUAGGCCUGUAAUAUAUUCUAUGUCAUUGUAUAUAAUACGAGCGUAGAUCUUUCAUAGGUUUGCGAGGAUUCAUAUUUAUUACUUGUAUAUGGCAGCAUAGUACAUAAUAAAACUUAUAUGUUGUUGUGCAUGAGAUAAUUAAUUAAAUAUUUUGAGAAUUAUUAACAUUAUUUUUUUUGCAAAUGAGACCAAAAAUGAUCUAUUGAAUAUGAAAACUUGAACUUAUUAAAUCCGACUAGUCUUGAUUUCACUUUAUGCUUACUGGACUUGGUAGCGCGUUUAUUAUACUUGAUCACCUCUAAAACUUAAUUUUUGAAGGGGAGGAAAACACAACUUAAUACCCGUCUCCCCUAAAGAAAAUCUCAAUCGGGCUAUAUUUUAAGUUACCUAAACAAUAGAUAAGAAGGUUAUGGCCCUACAUAGUCAAGUAAAAUAUAUACCCUCACUAAAUUCAUAGGACAAAGUUUUUGCUAACUAUAAUUAGCCCAAAUAGCUCUACUCAAUUAUAGAGCCAAGAAACGGUCACUGGAAUCCUUUGGAAGCACGCACGCUGCACGCACGCACAAAAGAUUUGUUGCAAAUACUGCUCUACUUGGUUACACGAAUAAAAACUCUCCCUACUACUACUAUUGUCUAUGUUCUACAAAUGAACGUGAAAGGGUCAAACCAGGGAAUGUUUGUUUGAUAAAUAAUUAAAUGAGUGUUCAUCUAAAAAGAAGAGGGAGAGCACGAAGUGUUUUGUUCCAAAGAGAGUGACACUUAUGAAUAAUUUACUCAUUCCAUUGACUCCUAAUCAGCUUAAAGAAUAGAAUUAGCAAUAAAGGAAAUGCAAAAGACGAGGUACCCACGUACUAUUACUGGCUACUGCCAUGAUGAUUAUGUAUAUAUACAAACUUGCAUUUUCUCUUCUUCACAAGUUGUAAUCGUAUUUGCAAAUUCCUGCUGCUCUCAGUUUUGAGAAUAGCUCUUUGUUAAAUUUGCAAAUGGAAUUUCAAUACCAGCAACCACAACACAAAGAGAGGAAACUUAAGGAGACGAGUCAUAGUAAGACGAAGAGCAGCAAGAGCAAGUUUGUGGGGGUGAGGCAGAGACCUUCAGGGAAAUGGGUUGCAGAAAUCAAGAACACAACUCAGAAAAUAAGAAUAUGGCUAGGUACAUUUGACACAGCUGAAGAGGCUGCUCGUGCUUAUGAUGAAGCCGCUUGUCUCCUUCGUGGUUCCAACACACGAACCAACUUUGUCACUUCUCCAUCCUCCAACAACGCCAACUCUGCUCUUUCUCGUAGAAUCAGAAACCUUGUCAACCAGAAGAAGAAGUUGAUCAAUGACAGGCAACCACCUCCAACUGCCAUAUCAAGCGUUAAACCAAUGGAUGAUGGUGAUGUUGCAAAUCCUAGUGCUAGCUUGGUUGUCAACCAAGCUGUCAGUUUUACAGGUCAGAUGCUUGAAGAAAAUGUAUAUAGACCAGAUUUAAGUGGACACCAAUUUGAUUACUCGUGGGCAUUUCCUGAGCAGUUUCCUCCUCCAAUUCCUGAUGAUUUUGGAAUUUUCACAAAACAACUCAAUUUCACAACAUUAGCUGAUGUUGAGAUGGUGAGCAAUGCCAAUGAGGUAGCAAUGCUAGAAUUCGAGCGCAUCAAGGUAGAGAGGCAGAUAUCAGCAUCACUCUAUGCAAUGAAUGGAGUGAACGAUUACCUGCAGAAUGUUUUUAACGAUCCUACUGCACCUAGCUGGGACCCUCCCAUGCUCUAUCAUAAUUUUUGCCUUGGCUAAAAUCUUGGUUUUCUUUUAUCUUUUAUAUCAGCUUUCUUCAUCUUUAAACCAUGUAUUUUUCCUGUUGCAUAUGU